AACGAAGCUAAUAUAGAUAAACCAAAAUGAACAGAGUAUACAAGCUACACGCGACGCUGAUAAAAAACGGACAACACGAGAACCCUCUCUCCCUCCGCACCUUCUACCUUCGUUGUGCAGAGUCAUCAUCAACUCCCGACACCGCACGUUAUGCUGCCAACGUGUUGCUCCGUUUUCCCAUACCCGACCCGUUCACCUACAACACCAUCAUCAGACACGUGGCACUCCACUCUCCCUCCCUCGCCUUCUCCCUCUUCACCCACAUGCACCGAAACGGCAUCCCCUUCGACCACUUCACCUUCCCACUCAUUCUCAAACCCUUUGUUCGCUUCAAACGUUGUCACCACCACAUUCAUUCCCUCAUUCUUAAACUCGGGUUCGAUUCCAACAUCUACGUCCAGAACGCGCUUAUUAAUGCUUACGGUUCUUGUGGGUCCCUCCAUAUUGCCUUCAAGCUGUUCGAUGAAAUGUCCCACAGGGACUUGGUUUCUUGGUCCUCCUUGAUUGCUUCUUUAGUCAACAACGGGUUAGCCAGUGAAGCCAUUUCUAUUUUCCAACAAAUGCAGCUACGGGAUAGUGCUAGUUUACCUGAUGGGGUUGUUAUGCUUAGUGUGAUAUCUGCUGUUUCAAGCUUGGGUGCGCUGGAAUUGGGUAUAUGGGUUCAUGCUUUCAUUGUUAGGACUGGGCUUGGUCUCACCGUUCCACUGGGUACUGCUCUUAUUGACAUGUAUUCGAGAUGUGGGUCCAUUGAUCGUUCCGUCAAGGUGUUUGAUGAAAUGCCUCACAGAAACGUGGUUACAUGGACGGCUUUGAUUAAUGGGCUCGCUGUGCAUGGCCGUAGCAGGGAAGCUCUUAAGGCGUUUUAUGAUAUGAAGGGUUCUGGUUUGAAGCCUGAUCGCGUUGCGAUUACGGGUACCUUGGUGGCUUGUAGUCAUGGUGGUCUUGUGGACGAUGGAUGGCGGGUUUUCGGGAGCAUGUGGAGUGAGUAUGGUAUUGAACCGAUGCUUGAGCAUUAUGGUUGUAUGGUUGAUCUUCUUGGUCGUGCAGGCCUGCUCCUUGAAGCUUUCAAAUUUGUGGAGGAAAUGCCUAUCAAGCCAAACUCUGUUAUUUGGAGGACCUUGCUGGGUGCAUGUGUGAAUCACAAUCAUCUUGUGUUGGCUGAGAAGGCCAAGGAGCGGAUCAAUGAGCUGGAACCCCAUCAUGAUGGUGAUUAUGUGCUUUUAUCGAAUGCAUAUGGUGGGGUUGGUAACUGGGUUGAGAAGGCUGGCGUGAGAAAUUCAAUGAGGGAGAAUAGAAUUGUCAAGGAGCCUGGCCUUAGUGUGGUUCACGUUGAUCAAGAGGUUCAUGAGUUUGUAUCAGGUGAUAAUUCUCAUCCACAAUGGGAGGAGAUUACGAAAUUUUUAGUUUCAGUUAUAGACACUGUAAAAGUUGGAGGUUACACCCCUAAUACGUCCACUGUGCUGCAUGAUAUUCAAGAGGAAGAGAAAGAGCAUUGUCUGGGUUAUCAUAGUGAGAAAUUGGCAGUGGCUUAUGUGCUUCUUUAUCAUAGGGAUAGAAGGACCAUUAGGGUCAUUAAGAAUCUUAGGAUUUGUUAUGACUGUCAUAAUUUCAUGAAGCAUGUUUCAGGUAUCUUUGACAAAGAUAUCAUUAUUAGAGAUCGAAAUCGGUUCCAUCAUUUUAACGAGGGAUCAUGUUCUUGCCGAGAUUUUUGGUAA